GACAGUUAGUAUCGAAGUAAUCGUUCGUAAACGUUUAUCGGCUUUUAUCAAUCACUGAAUCACCGUUAUCAACAUCGUUGUGGACAGUUGUUUUAACACAUAAGAUUCGUGCACUGUUUGACAGAAGGUACAUUGGUCGGCACGUUCAACGAUCAUUGCGAUGUUGACUUUGAGAUGUGUCGUCAUGAUCGUCGCCGUGUGGCCACUCCUCACCAUUACUUCUAUAUCAGUAGUGGCCCGACAUAAACGACAGCUACAAAACUCGUACUUGGGCUUGGGUUCCAACGUGGAAAUACUUCCGGUUGGUGACACGUCUGGAGUAAGCAGCUCGUACAGUGUAGUGGAAACGUCCAAGGUACCCCGCAGAGAGUACAACUCGUACAGAGCGAGAAAUACGCAUCGGGAUUCGGAACCGGAACACUCCGAAUACCGAGCGUACAAUAAACAUCCGUCUACUAGAAGUGGAGUUCGUGCUGGAGACGUACCGGAACAAAAGCCGUUCAAAUUCCCCGAAGAACGUCGUCAAAGGAAACCUUCUGCGGCUGACGCCGAGGACCGAGAUGAAGACUUGGACUCAAUACUGGUGCCUGACCAUCGACGAGGAGACUUGACACCAGGCAAUCGGAAGAAGUUUAAGCCCAAGAAGCCACAGAAUGACGAAACGGAUGAAGAAUCACUAGAAGAAUCCAAAUCAGCGCCCAAGAACGUCAAGGAGCCAAAACCAGUACCCAAGAACAUCAAAGAUAUUGUUGAAGAACGACCGGCCGAGAGCAAGAUCUCCAGUGAUCUGAAGGACGAAGGCAGCCGAUACAUAGGUCAUGGAUCUGGUGGUUAUGGUGGUGGUAGUGAGUACGACAAGGAGAAGCACUAUGACAAGGAACAAGGCCAAAAGUUCUUGGAGGGACACAAAUCGGAAGAGGGCGAGAAAGCAGAAAAAGCAUUCAAGAAAGAGGAAGCAUACGACAAGGGCCAGAAAGAAGACUACGGAAGCGAUGAAAAGCACUCACAAGUGGCUGAGAAGGCUGGUGAAAAGAAGGGGCACGUAGACCAGGCACAGCAUUUCGGUGAGGCGUACCAUGGCAACCACGGCGAGAAGGGCAUCACAGUGGUGAAAAAGGGCGGCCAUAAAAAAGGUAAGAAGACGUCGGGAUUCCAUAAGGUGCACCACAAGGACGAGUACAAGAAGGACGAAGUGUUCUACGAUGAGUCGCACGAUGGUGGCGAGCAUGAGGAACACAAACACGAACAGGAGAAGCAUGCCAAGGAGAAGGGUGGAAGCGAAAAGAAAGGUCAUACGGACACAGGGUACCAUGAGAGUCACGGUUCAAAGAAGGCGGAGAGCGAUCAUGGCAAGAAAUAUGAACAGGCUAAGGGCCACAAUUCCGAGGCUGGCGAGCAAGCACACCACGGACAACAGUCCGAAUUCUCCAAGAAAGGAGGUGUCAAAGAAGGCGAGAAGUACGGGCACGCGGACGCGGGUGGCGGUGGUUACUUCGAAAAGGGCGGAUACUUCUAAUCAAUCGAAUUUGACUCCAACGGCGGCGGUGGUAGCGGUGUGUAAAUACCACGAAGACUUCUUUUUAAAAGUUCGAUGACGUAUUAUGAUGUAACGCAUGAACGAUUAUAGGUGUAAAAGUUAUCGUUCAUUGCGAAUUUACACAAACAAAGUAUUUAUAGUAAGUUCUAAUGUUUAUUAAUUUAAUUUUUUUAUUAUUAUUAUUUACUUGUUUUU